ACGGAUAUCGUCUCCGAUAAUAUCACGAAUAUUGUCCCUGAAAAUAUCACGGAUAUCAUCUCCGAUAAUAUCACGAAUAUCGUUCCCGACCAUACCACGGAUAUCGUCACCGAUAAUAUCACGAAUAUCGCUCCCAACCAUACCACGGAUAUCGUCCCUAAAAAUAUCACGAAUAUCGUUCCCGACCACAUCACGGACAUCGUACCCGAAAAUACCACGGAGAUCUUCAUUAACAAUAAUUUCACAGGUGUUGUUAUCAAAAACUCCACAAAAUUUAUCCCCGGAAAAAUCACAACAUUUAAUAUCGACAACUCCACGAAAUUAAUCUUUGACAACUCCACCGGUUCCAAACUCACCGGACCAAACGUAUGCACGUUUAUUAAAAAUUACAAAACAAAAAAAAUAAUCACUAAGUAUGAAAUCCAUUCAUCCAAAACUUCAUAUUUUUGUUUCAAGAAUUGGAAAUUUAAAUGUUAUUUUGUAACUGAUACUGCAGUUCCAAUUCAAACCGAAAUCUCAGAAAACAAUAUUCAAAUCAUCAAUACAUGCUGCGAUGGUUACGAAAAAACACCGAAUGGGACAAAAUGCCGUCCUGCCUGUAAAGAACCUUGUGUAUGGGGCGUAUGUAUUUCACCAAAUGUGUGCAGAUGUGACGAAUAUUACGAUGGACCUACUUGUCGCAAUCGGAUAGGUUGUCCAACGGGAAAAUUUGGAUUUGAUUGUACGCAAACGUGUCAAUGUCAAAAUAAUGCUUCUUGCAACUAUUUAAAUGGUAAUUGUUCUUGUCAGCAAGGAUAUUGGGGCAAAUAUUGUGAAGAUCCAUGUCCAUCUGGUUAUUAUGGCCAUAAAUGCCAAAAUAUAUGUAAAUGUCAAACUGGUGCAAAAUGUGAUCCAGUAAAUGGUGCUUGUAAGUGUUUAUCAGGAUACGCAGGAACUAAUUGUGAAUUACAAUGUCCCCCAGGAUUUUAUGGUUAUAAAUGCCAAAAUGAAUGCAAAUAUCAAAAUGGUACAAAAUGCGAUAUAGUUAACGGUGAUUGUAYUUGUCUACCAGGAUAUGAAGAACACGAUGCUAAAUUAAAAGAAUGUGAUUGUCAAAAGGGUACAUUAUGCAAUUCAGUAAAUGAAACUUGCUUUUGCCAACCAGGACAAACAAAAAAUAAUUGCGAAUUUACUUGUCCCUCGGGCUAUUAUGGAAAAACUUGUCAGUAUCCAUGUAAAUGUCAAAAUGGCGCAAAAUGUGACGCGGUGAACGGCAAUUGUUAUUGUACUCCAGGAUUUACUGGAGAAGAUUGCUCUUUAACUUGUCCGUCGGGAUUCUAUGGUUAUCAAUGUCAAUACGAAUGUAAAUGUCAAAAUGGUGCCAUAUGUGAUCCAGUUAUCGGAUCUUGUAUAUGUCCAUCGGGUCUAUCGGGAAAGAAUUGUCUUAUUUUGAAUAAGUCCAGGAUCGACGGAAAAAAUAAUAUGACGGUGUGUGAUUGUAAUUGGCACAAGUUUGACUACUGCGAACCAUUAACCAGCAUAUGCAAAUGCAAACAACCUGUUGACGGUUGUGCUUGUGUUUGUGAACCUGGUUUGACCGGAAAAGAUUGUGAGAAAGUUUGUCCACCUGGCACGUACGGUGUAAAUUGCAACUCAACUUGUAGAUGUCAAAACGAAUCAAAAUGUCGGAUGGCCGAUGGAAUUUGCUUGUGUGAGCCCGGAUUUUCCGGACCUACGUGCUCAGAAGAUGACAGUGAAUGCACCAAUGCUCUUCAAUUAGAGCCAAUAAACAAUGAAGCGGCCUGGAUUUUAGACAUUUUGGUUAUUUUAAGCUUCUUGAUAAUGUCUACAAUAUGCAUGGCGGUAAUGACGUGCUGCUAUUACUACUGUAACCAACGACAAAUUCAAAAAUAUAAUAUAGGGAACGUAAAUAGUUUUGAACUUCGWAAAUCUACUGACAUAGAAUCAAACUCUAACAUUGAAGUAAUUUGUUCUACCGGAAAUUGUGGUAUGAACAUUGGAAAUGUCAUACUUGAAUCUAGAAAAACAAUGACCAGCUAUACAAACGAAACGUUUUACAACAAUUAUUCUCGUGACAACAGUGUUGAUGAUUAUACCGGAGAAAACUUGUACKUGGAAAUUGAUGAAAGUACUUUUAAUCGUGCAGAAGACUUGUACGAUCAUCUAGAUUUCCUACGUCCAACGGUAUCGUGGAAGCCACAUUAUCAAAGCGCAUUGGUGUUGCAAGAUCCAUCUAGUGGUAAUAGUUCGAAAAAGGAAGAGACAACAUGAUGUAUUUUGACUAUCUUAUAUAAUAAUGUUUGCUUUAUUAUGUAAUUUAUAUUAAUAUUUUAUAGACACGAUAAAAUUAUU